UUAUUGACAUGUAUUGUUUCUUCAUGUAAUAAAACAUAAAAUAGAUCGACUCAUGUACAGCAGUUGUAUGUAUCUAUUGCAUAUCUAGGUGAUUUCACUGGAUUUGAACCUGAAGAAUUUUUUCAUUCAGAUAUAUUUAGGAUGAAUAUACUAAUAAAAUAGGGCCGAUUGUGUGAAUAUACUCAUCAGAAUAAGCCAGGUAAAGGACAAAGACCAAGGAAAAGUUAUGACAGCAUAGAUGUUACUAACUAGACUCCAAGAGCACAAAUACAGAAUUUGAGCAUGUAAAACAAGAUUGUAUAUUUUUGUAUAUUCGGUGUUCUUGGUAGGUCAAAGUGUCGUACAGAGUACAGACGCACUCAGAACAAACCUAUGACAAUACUGUACAUGCAACUUACCAUAAAAUUUUAAAAAUGGCAACUUACAUGAAACAAUCAUGAAACUAAUACUGUAAGAGGAAAUAUAAUAUAGAAACUUCAAUUGAGAAUAUCUAACUGUGUCUAGGUUUUACCCAAGCUAACAGAUACCAUAAUGAUGCAUUUAAUACAAAUGCGAUUUUUAAAACAGAACAAAUUUGGAUUAAGCUUGCUGACGAUUCUCAUCUGCAUUUGUUUAUACGUUCAAAUCAGGUCUAGAGGAUUAAUAACUGAAUGUCAAAAAAUGCAAGAUAUAAUCAAAACUAAAGCAAAACUCGAAAAACAUUGUGAGGCAUUAAUUAUACUUGAGUCUAAGCUACAAAAACAAAUGAAAGAUUCUCUUGAUCAGCUUUCAAAGUCAUGGUCAGAUCCAGAUAGCGUUAUCCAAAAGUCUAACGCUGGAAUGGAUGAAUUGGUAAAAGAUUACAUAGAAAAUAUCAAAGAUAUUGAAAUAGGUAAUGACACUGAUGAUGAUCCAACUAACACUGAGUCUAAAGAUAUUUCCAAUGUUGCUUAUGAUCUAACAAAGGAGGAAUCAGAGUAUGACCAGGAUGCCCCUGAUGUUGAAAAUGACAACCAGGAUAGUCAUGUUGUUGGAAACCAGAACAAGGAAAGUACUUUUGUUGAAAAUGAUAAUCAGGACACAUCUGUUGUUGAAAACCAGGAAAACCCUGAUGUUGAAAACAAUGCAAAGGGAAAUCCUGAGAAUACAAAUGAUAGUAUUGGAUCAAGUGAUACUCAUAAAACUAAUGAUAUAAAUGAAGACAAUACAAAGCACAUUUUAACACCUCUUGGCCCGAGUGAGACAUACAAAAACACAUACUCAAACAUCAGUCAGUUACAACAAAGAUAUCCAAACGCAAUUAUCAUUGGUAUGCCAAAGUGUGGUACAGAUGCACUCAGGACAAGCAUGAUGCUCAAUCCAAUG